AGGUUAAUUCAAUAAAAUUGCUUUUUAAUUUUCUGGAUAAUCAGCGAAGCCAAACAGUAUUUCCUUCCAAGAACAGACACUCAUAACAAGAAGCAGCUGCUUUUUCUGCGAGGCUUUUAUACGCGACACGUGAACACUCAGUUUCCGGGUGAAUGUCGGUACACUUCCGCUAAACUUCCUCUAAUUUACUUUCAUUGUUGACAGUCAGUUAACUGCUGAAAAUACCUUUGUCAAACCCACAGUUAACAGGCAGAUAAUCCGUUUUCAGUGCAUAUUGAAUGACAUGUCGCUCAUUUAUUAGACGGAGUACUCUCCGCCUCAGUUUUAUGGUAAAUACUGUCAUGUUUUCUUCACUGUUAGUGAGCUAAAACAGAGAUUGGCUAAAAGCAGCUAGUCGCCUAGCCUGCAGAACAGCUGCUGUUUGUGAAUCUUCACUGGAAGCCAAGAUUAUGAUGGUCUCUGUGCUCUUGUUAUGCUUUUACUUGUUUUGAAUCACCUGUGCAGCAUGGAGUCUGAAGGAAUAGUCAUCCGGAUCAAGACACCUGUGGGGGACAUGGACUCAUUAGUGGAUUGUCCAUCACAUCUGAACUUCAAUGAUUUGCUGGCCGCGAUCAGAGAUGUCAUGCCUGAAGCCACAGUCACUGCUUUUGAAUAUGAGGAUGAAGUUGGGGACCGAAUCACAGUUCGCAGUGAUGAGGAACUCAAAGCCAUGCUGUCGUAUUACUGCAAUACAGUGAUGGAGCAACGCAUCAAUGGACUGUUACCUGAGCCAUUAAAGAUAUUUCCACGAGCCGGCAAGACCCCAGGGAUCCGGAACAUACACGGCCUGAAGGUGAACACACGGCCUGAAUCCUCGAGUGGCCGAAGCUCCUCUGAGGCUGAUUCCCUGUCUAAUGAUAAUUUAAAGAAGUCUUCGGCUGAGCUUAAGAAGAUUUUGACAAAUGGACAGAUAAAUGAACAUGACCUCCAGUUCCAGGAGCAACUUGGCCAUGGAAAUGGAGGAACAGUGUACAAAGCAUACCACCUGCUUGGGAAGAGAGUUCUAGCAGUGAAGGUUAUUCCUCUUGACAUCACGGUGGAGCUGCAGAAGCAAAUAAUGUCGGAGCUUGAGAUCCUUUAUAAGUGUGAUUCACCGUACAUCAUAAUGUUCUACAGUGCAUUCUUUGUGGAGAAUAGAAUAUCUAUAUGCACUGAGUUUAUGGAUGGUGGCUCUCUGGAUGUCUACUGGAGAAUUCCAGAGCAUGUCUUGGGCAGGAUUGCUGUAGCGGUGGUUAAAGGAUUAACUUACCUGUGGAGUCUGAAGAUUUUGCACAGAGAUGUGAAACCCUCCAACAUGCUGGUCAAUACUCGGGGUCAGGUCAAAUUGUGUGACUUUGGAGUCAGCACACAGCUGGUGAACUCCAUUGCUAAGACAUAUGUUGGAACCAAUGCAUACAUGGCGCCAGAGCGAAUAUCAGGGGAGCAGUAUGGUAUUCAUUCAGAUGUUUGGAGUGUAGGGAUCUCUUUCAUGGAGUUGGCGCUGGGCUCUUUUCCAUAUCCACAGAUUCAAAAGAACCAGGGCUCCUUAAUGCCUCUUCAGUUAUUGCAGUGCAUUGUUGAUGAGAACCCUCCCGAGCUUCCAGUUGGUCAGUUCAGUGAGAAAUUUGUCCACUUCAUUACACAAUGUAUGAGGAAGCAACCCAAAGAAAGACCUGCUCCUUACAACCUUAUGGACCACCCCUUCAUCGUGCAAUAUAAUGAUGGCAACACAGAGGUCGUGUCUAUGUGGGUGUGCCGCAGCCUAGAGGACCGCAAAGCCCAGCAAGCACAGAGGCUCAUGUGAAGAACAUUGGAAAAGGACAGAAUUAUGGAGUUGAUGUCCAAAUAUCCUCUCACUUUACUCUUCUAAUCACCCCAGAGACCUUGAGUUGUAAUGGUGCACGGUGAGAGAACCGCAAUGAGUCUUGUGCAGAUUAUGCUAGCAUUUUGCCUUAGGCCUGCAAAUGAGGAUUUUUAACCGUGGUGGGUAAAUAUUGGUUUGCAUAAGCCCAAAUCAUCUGGAUUUUAUUUUCACUUGUGUAGAUUCCAAAGUAAAUGUUUUAACAGAAGAUCCUGACAGGGGGCUGUUCCUUGCUCAACUCGAAUUUGAAUUUGAGUGAAAAUAAUGGAAUCUUUCUCUUUAUGUUCUUAAAGCAACAGUCUGUUUUUACCAAAACAUCAUGGCUGCAUCAUAAAUCAUCUCAAGUUCAGUAAAACAUUUCAGUUUGAAAACGUAUGGGGGUGUGUCAAGCUUUGCUCCCUGCUCCAGUGCGAGCGCAAGUCAUGUGGCUGUUGUUUUAAAAAGACACUUUUUUUUGUUGAGUUUCACAAAUGGCCUGACAGUUGUAGCAAUACCCCAUUGAAGCUAGAAAAAUGUGAUGAUGCCUUAUUAUGGUGAAAGGCAGUGGAUGGCAGCUUGUGCAGGAGUAUGAUGCAAAGGGCUUUUAGGUAUUCUAGUAGCAGCAGCCUGAAAUACUACAUGGGAACCCAAUGGGUUUCGUUCAUGCCCUGACCAUUUACAGCAUAACCCCACUUAUAAGCUUGACUUGAUGUUUAUUUCAGAUAGGUAAAGCAAAUCAUACGAGUCGUUUCCUAAAUGAUUUGGAAAGUAUUUCAGUUGACUCUGUCCUUACCACAGCUUUGUGACGUACAGACGUACAACUGAAUUUUCUUGGUAGAUCACAUUAGUAUAGUGCUUAGACAAAAUAAAUUCUUCCAUGCUGCAGUUUCAUGUGGCUCAUUCCCCCAUAUGGAUAACAAUAACACAAAAUUAGUGCAAGUAAGAUGCAUUCUACAAAGACAAAAAUGAUAAGACAAUGACACAACAGUCACAUAACUGUAUGCAGUGUAACAGGUCAGUCUAAAUUAACUGACCAGCUGUUCUGGGUUGACCGGAGCCAGUCAGCACACUUCCUGUGAUACUCUUUCUUUCAUGCACUGCAGGAGAGAGCAUCAGCCUACAUAGACCCACUUUGACAGCUGUUGGCAAAUAUGGUCCUUACAUUAGCCACACUUUGUCAUCACAUUUGCCUUCUCUUCUGAUAAUGUUUACUACUUUGAGAACCAUUGGUAUGAGUGUUCCUCAAUGGAUGAUGAUUUUAUUCAAGUGCUUUAUAUUUUUAUCAAGAUAUUAAUGGGGUUCUUCAGUGCCUGUCUAUUGAAAAAAGAUCUCAGAAAUAUUAUACCAGUGGAGAAGACUGCUAUCAAAACAAUGGAAUUAGGUCAUUUUAUAUGAUGAUGUGUAUAGUGCUGAUUGAGAUUUAUACUUGUAUAUUUCAGAAAAUGUAAUUGUCACAUACAGUACCAAAGCCAAAUACAUUAUGUUGCUGUUGUUUUGUAUCAUAAGUUAUAUUAUUUGUUACAGUGUUAUUUUGCAAUUGUUUUUUUUAAUAUGUACAACUGUCACAAAUGUAUUUCUCAAAAAUUGUAAUCUGACAAUUGUCCAAAACCAGAGUAGGUUGGCCAAGGUAUACAGCAGAUCUGUGAGAAACAAAAACAACGUGAUUUCCCGAUGCAGUUGAGGUGAGGAUUGCUAAAUAAAACUUUUCAGAAUUC